CAAAAAAAGUAACAAAAUAAAAAACAACAGAUUCAUUGAGAUCUUCAAAUAGAUCCUUGAUGUACUAUCAAUCACAAAUCUAGUGUACUGAGUAUAUAGACAUAAUAAAGUGGGAUGAAGAAGGAAUAAAAAUUAAAAUAAUUGAUAAAUCUUUAUUAUAAGAGAAUGUGUUACCUCGAUUUUUCAAGCAUAGCAAUUAUUCAAGUUUUUUAAGGUAUUUCCAUUGAAUUUAACAGAUAAUUAAAUAUUUAUGGUUUUACUAGUUGUAAGGAUUAAAAUGGGAUCUUGACAUAUGAACACCCAUAUUUUACUUAGAACAAGAUUAUAUAGAAAUUCAUAUAGAAAAAGAAGCAAACUCAAGUGGAGAAACAACAAAUAGGGACAUAUCUAAUGGAAUAAGAAGAAUUAAAAAACACAAUGAAAUCUUUGAAAUAAGAAUAAAUAAAUAUUUAGCAAUAAUUGGUUACUUUCAUUUAACAAUAAUUGAGAUUUUAGCGUCACUUCAAAUUAAUCAUUGAAGUAACAUUUUAUCGAAUCAUUUUAGAAACUUUUAGAAAUUAAGGCUAUUUAGGAAAGAAGAGGAGUAUUUUUUAUUGAAAGUAUAAGAAUGGUAGUUCGAGCAAUGAAACCAGAGGCUUGUAAUAAAAAUUGAUAAUAAAUUGAUAGAGGCUUCAUUUUAGUAUCUAAUAAAGUGUGUAUUUCCAAAAGAGGAAGAUCUUUGGAUGAGUGACACAUUAUCUAUAAAAGAAGAUGAAAUUGAUAUUCAAUUUCCAACUUCUCCUGCUCCUUUUGGGAAAGCUGUUGUUGAUGAUAUUGGAAAUUAUCUUAGCCAUAAGUAGGAUCAAUUCAAUCUUGAAACUUUGGAGCCUGUUUGGUUUUUUGGUUAACAAGAAUCAGAUUUGAGCUUCUUUGGGUUUGAUUUGUGA